GUCUCGGGCCCGAGCAACCUGCCCUGUCGAAGCCAGCUUCCUCAGCACUCUUUUAAUCUUUCAGACGAACUGCAAACGAAAACUUGUACUGAUAAAUAGACCGAUUAAAAACUCUACAAUUGCUUUUAGCUGCUCAAUUGAGUCUUCAUAAGAGCAUAGCACAACAUGACCGCCCAAACUGAGCCCGAGAUUGUCAUGUAUGACUUGGCCUGCACCAAGAACAUCUGCUUCUCUCCCACUGUCUGGCGAAUCCGCUUAAUGCUUAACUAUAAGCAUAUCUCUUACAGAACCAUCUUCCUCGAAUUUCCAGACAUUGAGCCCACGUUGAAAGAGCUCGGCCUGGUCCCAGGCCAAUCUGCUUCUGGGUCCAAAUACAAAUACACAGUCCCCACAAUCCAUCACGUGCCGACCAACACAUACAUAAUGGACUCGGUCCCCAUCGCGCAGUUCCUAGAGUCAACGUACCCGGACCCGCCAGUACCGCUGACGUCGGAGCUGGGCCGCGAGAUCGAGGCUAAAGCACGUGCUGUGGUCGGCACGGCCUUCCGUACGUCAGUGAUGCCGCGGGAGAUGGGCAUCCUGUCACCGCGCGCACAGGAGUACUUUCGGCGCACGCGGGAGGCCUCGCUCGGGCACCGGCUCGAGGACCUGCUUGACCCGGACAAGGAGGAGCAGACCUGGGACGCAGUAGCCGACGACAUGCGAGCCGUCGGCGAGCUGAUGCGGACGCACAAGGCCGACGGGCAGUUUGUGCUAGGUGCUUGGCCGAGCGGCACCGACUUCUUCAUCGCGGGGUCCCUCCAAUCUGCGAGGGUGGUAGAUGAAGGGACGUUCCAAAGGAUUAUCAAGUACCCUGGUUAUAGGGAGAUUUACGAGGCAUGUCUGCCUUACAUGGAGAAGAAGGACUGA